AGUGUAGCCCCAUCAGUGCUACCUGUCUGUGUCCAUCAAUGCCACCUGUUAGAUCCCAUCAAUGCCACCUGUCAGUGCCCAUCAGUGCCACAUCAAUGCCACAUAUCAGUGCCUAUCAGUGCACAUCAAUGCCACAUAUCAGUGCCAAUCUGAGCAGCCUUUCAGUGCCAACUAUCACUGCCAUCAGUGCCACCUAUCAGUGCCAGUCAGUGCCGCCUAUCAGUGCCAGUCAGUGCUGCCUAACAGUGCCAGUCAGU